AGGGCUUCUGCUGCUUUUGUGGAAGGCUUGUAUGCUGCUGAGAAGAGUAUCAGCUUGAGGCUUGUGCGGUUGGGAGAGGCUUACUUAUUGGUUGUGGUUUGUUGUUUCCUUUAGAACGAGGACAUGGCAGACACAGCACCAGCAGAGGGGACUCAUCUCAGGACUACUUGCUGCCAGCUGUUCAAUUCCAGCAUGAGGGAUGAAGCAAGAAGACUGAGGACUUUCUCGCAGUGGCCACGCAGCUCACCGGUGUCUGCCUGGGAUUUGGCCAAGGCUGGCUUUUUCUAUGUGGGUCCAGGAGAUCAAGUGCAGUGCUUCUGUUGUGGGGGUGUCCUGAAAGACUGGGAGCCUGGAGAUUGCCCAAUAGCGGAGCACCUGAAGUUCUUCCCGUUCUGUAAAUUCAUCUACCAUGGAGCUGUUUGGAGCCAGCAGGUUCCUCUUCAGGGAGUAUUUGACAGUGUGGAUGGGCAGUUCCUCAGCCUCUUGCAGAGGAUAGACAGUGAGGAGACAGCCCUGCCCAACCAACCAGAAUACCCAGAAAUGGUAACGGAGGAGAUGAGACUAUCAACGUUUCACAACUGGCCACAAUAUACUGAGAUGCGUCCUGAGCAACUGGCUAGAGCAGGAUUCUUCUACACAGGACAAGGUGAUGUGGUGAGGUGUUUUUACUGUGACGGAGGUAUGAGGAACUGGGCGUUUGGAGAUGAUCCUUGGAGGGAACAUGCCAAAUGGUAUCCAAGGUGUGAAUUUUUGUUGCGGUCAAUGGGGAGAGAAUUUGUUAGCAGUGUUCAAGAGUCCUUUGCCAGCACUCCACUUCCAAGAGAUUCCAGGGAUCAGAUGGGACAAGGAUCCUCUGCUUACCAAGAUCUUUUAAGGAACUGGAAAUUGCAGUCUCUUCCUUCUCUGGAUCAGUUUUCCGUAGCACAGAAUGUCCUGGAGAUGGGCUUUAACCCUGCCUGGGUGGCUAGCCUAGUAGAGAACAAAUACAUACUGACUGGGACUUUCUACCUUUCUGAGUCUGAACUGAUUUCUGAUCUGCUUCGGCCAGAAUGGGAAGAGAGCAGCAGUGCAAAGGAAAGCAGAGAUGCUGUUCAGAGAGAGACUGAAACAUCAAGUUCAAGAGGAGAAAUGAAACAAAAAGAGGAGUCUCCAUUGAGCACAGAAGAACAGCUCCGACGCUUGCAAGAGGAAAGGAUGUGCAAAGUGUGCAUGGACAGGGAUGUGUCUGUUGUGUUUGUUCCCUGUGGCCACCUGGUAGCUUGUGGAGAAUGUGCCCUCAACUUGAGACUGUGUCCUAUCUGCAGAGCAGUCAUCCAAGGAAGUGUGAGGACUUUCAUGUCCUGAACCACAAUGUGCAAAAAGGAAAAAUAAGCAUCUAGAAUGCACUCCUAAGGCAGCAGAGAAAGAAAAUAGAUGUUAGUUACUGGACCAGUCUUAUUUGCAGAGUAGCUUGGCCUAAAGCUCCUUCCUAUGCACAGCACUACCAGUAAGAGCUGCUCAUUAGCUCUGAUCUUGCUGUAGGACUGCUCCAGAGAAGCUAUGCUAGUUUUUCCUCAUUCAAAAUGAGGCUUUCACCGGAGUUAAUCCUCCCAAUUCUUGACUUCUCAAACCCCUUUUCUCCGCUGAAAUCAAAAGCUGUUCUCAGCAGACUGUCUAGUUGUCUUCAUUUAGCAGUUUAGAGAAUAUCCUGCUAGGGCUGAUGGAUUCCUUCAUAAGUGUGUGUAAAAUUAGAGUAUUUUUAUACCAAAUGUGUUCUGCAGUAGCUAGGAUUCUCAGUAGGAAUGUAUUGGGAGGGGAUGUAGAAAGGAGAAUCUAGAUCUUCUGAGGUUGAAUUUUUUUUCUAUUGAAUUUUCAACAGCUGGAGAAACUUUUCUUUUUUAACAACACUCAAAUCUCCUUUACCCUGCUCUGUUUCUCCAACCUCUUUGCUCUCAGCUCAUUAUCUUCCUAGACAGAGGUUGAGAGACUCUCCGAUGGUCUUGGUGACAGGAUGAUCUGAAACUUCCUCGUGGAGCCUCUUCACUGGCUGUCAGGGAAUAGUCUUCUGCUCAGAACUUUUUUUUUCAAAGGAAACUUACUCUUUUAGGGCUUCUGUUUGCUGGCUAAACCAGCUUUUAAUCUAGAUAUAAUACUCUAUCAUGUAGCAACGGACUUGUAAGCAUGCUAACUGCAGGGAAAAAGGUGUUUUUAAAAUUUCCUGUUCUGUUUAACUGAAUAAAAGGCUUGUCUUGUGGAG